AGGAAGACUUCUUAGCACCCCCCCUGGCGUCUUGUUGCUGGAUGAUAAACUCCAGGAUGAGCUUGGCUGUCCGAGACGGUCUCUCCAUCACCACUGAAUGUCCACAGUUGUCCAGCUAGUGGCCAAACCCUGUGCUAACAUACUUCAUAUACAGACAGGGACAGGGGUGCGUCGACAGGUCCAGCCAAAUGCCCUCCUAGAGAAAGUCUACCACUCCAAAACGAGUCCAGACCACAGACAUCUGGAGCAACUGUCCAAACAGCUGGACUGGGACCUCCGCAGAGUGCAGAGAUGGUUUCGAGUCCGGAGAGACCAAGACCGACCAACAACUGAAACAAAGUUUUGUGAGAGCAUGUGGCGAUUCACAUUUUAUUCAGGAAUAUUUAUUUUUGCCAUCUCCUACAUGUGGGAUUCACCUUGGCUUUGGAACACAAGGCAUUGCUGGAAUAAUUACCCAUUCCAGCCAAUGAUUCAGAGCCAAUACAACCACUAUGUUGCCGAAUUUGCCUUCUAUUGGUCUCUCAUGUUUUCUCAGUUCAUUGACAUUAAACGAAAGGAUUUCCUAAUCAUGUUCAUCCAUCAUCUUGCCACCAUUCUUCUCAUCACAUUUUCUUAUGCCAACAACAUGCUUAGAGCUGGAGCGCUAGUGAUGUGUGUUCAUGAUGCAUCUGACAUUUUCCUAGAGGCAGCUAAACUGGCCAACUACGCCAAAUACCAGAGGCUGUGUGAUGCCCUAUUUGUGCUGUUCACCCUGGUGUUUUUCAUAACACGGCUAGUCAUCUUUCCUUUCUGGAUCAUCCGCAGUGUGCUGUUUGAGAGUUGGGAGAUCCUUGGUCCAUACCAGGCUUGGUGGCUACUUAAUUCCCUGCUAUUGGUCUUACAAGUCCUUCAUGUAUUCUGGUUUUAUCUCAUCACUUGCAUUGCUGUCAAAUCUAUAUUCAAAGGAAAGGUAUCCAAAGAUGACAGAAGUGAUGUUGAGAGCAGCUCAGAGGAAGAAAUCAACUCCAACUGCAGCAAAAAAUCACUAUGAAUGGAAAUGAAGAAUAAUAAUUAAAGUUAUGGGACCUGAAGUUCAUCUGUGUGUUAUACAUUUGGUUUGUAGAUUUAAAUUAAAUUAGUUUAAUAUGAAUAGAUGUGUUAUGUAAAGUUGAAGAGCUUUCCAUGCAAUUUUUUUUUAAAUAAAAUGUUAUUGUACUGUUGGCCCUACAUUUUAAUUAACAUAAAAACUGAAAUGUGAUGUUUAUUUUUAUAUUAUAUCCAUGCUAGCUGAGCGAAUGACUGGUGACUCCAAAUUUGAAAUUUGAGCAGCUGUC